GUGAAGCAUCAUUGCUUGAGGCAAGAUUUUCUUGGCCUAAGACUUUCAGAAUCAAGAAAGACACACUGGAAUCCACUAUGGACAGCCUUCUGAUGAAUCGGAAGAAGUUUCUUUACCAUUUCAAAAAUGUUCGCUGGGCUAAGGGUCGGCAUGAGACCUACCUGUGUUAUGUGGUGAAGCGUCGGGAUAGUGCCACCUCCUUUUCCCUGGACUUUGGCCACCUUCGAAACAAGUCAGGUUGCCACGUGGAAUUGCUCUUCCUCCGCUACAUCUCGGACUGGGACUUGGACCCUGGCCGGUGCUACCGAGUCACUUGGUUCACCUCCUGGAGCCCCUGUUACGACUGUGCCCGGCACGUGGCAGACUUUCUGAGAGGGAACCCCAACCUCAGUCUGAGAAUCUUCACCGCGCGCCUCUACUUCUGCGAGGACUACAAGGCAGAGCCUGAGGGGCUACGGAGGCUGCACCGCGCUGGGGUCCAAAUCGGCAUCAUGACCUUCAAAGAUUAUUUUUACUGCUGGAAUACUUUUGUAGAAAAUCGUGAAAGAACUUUCAAGGCCUGGGAAGGGCUGCAUGAAAAUUCAGUUCGGCUAUCCAGACAGCUUCGACGCAUCCUUUUGCCCCUCUAUGAGGUGGAUGACUUACGAGACGCCUUUCGUACUUUGGGACUUUGAUAGCAAACCUCCUGGCAUGUCAUGUAUGAUGAAAUAUCUUUGUUGAAGAGAGCGGAUAGAAGAAUAAUCCUUCAAGCCUUCUCUGUUUUUCCUCUUCAACUCUUAAUUUCUUAGAGUGUAGAGAGGGAAAAAAUACUUGUAUAUGAUUUAAAAAAUAAUCUGUCUUGAUCAUAGAGAAGGAACGCAGGCUGACCAGGGUGAUUUUGCAACUGGUGCUGUUUUGAGUGCAGCAUUGCCCUCUACUGGAGGAGAACAGAACUGCAGGACCUGGGACCAUCUUAAAAGUGUCGAUGUUCUAUGAAUUUUAGGUAGAAAGAAAAGAGAAGGCAUAGCCUAAAAAGCAUGGGGAGAAGAUCGGAUGAUUUUAUAUUACUAUCCUUUAUUAUUUUAUUGUCAUAUUUUAAUUGUCAGAUUUUAGCAACAUAUUUUUCUACUUCUUUUUCCUUUGAAGUUCCCAUUGGGUAACUUCAUCCAUCAGGCCAUGAUCUGUAGACCCUCCUGAUGAAAGAAUCUGGGUGAUUGUAAGCCCAAAUCCUGUCCCCAAAGCAUUAAUAUGCAAACAUAUUUUGUAUGUUUUAAUUGUCUCAGGCAUGUUUUUAUAUUGUAUAUAAGAGGAUGGGGUGGAGGGUUUGAACUGCAGAUAGUCACCUUCAGGUGAUUUUAAUAAAGGUUUUCAAAAUCCAUAAUGAGGACUGUGAAGAUGACACUGAAAUGAUGAGUUGAUGCCUCAUCAUUACAGAAAAUCCUCUGUAAAGAAACUCUUGAAGAAGUUUAUAAUUUAGAAAUACCUGCAAACUUCACACUUCCUACUUACUGUACACUUGGAAGGGAGUUGUUUAAAUGUUGAGAAGAGGAAAAUCUGUUCUCUUUGGUGAGCCUUUUAACCUCAGCAAUGCCAAGCAGGUCAAGGUUUUCCACCUUUUAUAUGUGUGUGAUGCUUCUCCCAAAGAGUAUGACAAAAAAAGAAUAAUAUUUGAGAGGGAUAGGUGAGAAAGCACUGAAAGAAAAUUGUGAUUUUCCAGCAAAAUCAUAGUAAACAUAGAUUCUCUAUUUGUCCCUAACAACUAUCCUUGAUGCUGAGGAAAAUAGUAUUCAGAAUAACUAUCCUUUUGCAAUUAUUACCUAGUGAUACUUGCAAUGCAGAUAAAAACUUGUAUACACAACUAUUAUCAGUUUAUUAUUUUUUUAUAGUACUGGGGAUUGAACCCAGGGGUGCUCUAACACUGAGCUAUACCCCCAGUCCUUUGUAUUUUGAAAUAGGGUUGCAUUAAGUUGCACAGACCGGCCUUGAACUUGUGAUCCUCCUGCCUCAACCUCCCAAAUAAUGGGGAGUACAGGAGUGUGUCACCAUGCUAGCUAUUUUAAUCUUAUUGUAUAUAAGUUUGUGAAAGGUUAAAUAAUAAAAGUCACUACUUCAUGUAUUCAUUCAUUUUUAUAUUAUGCUACAAAGUGUCUAGUGAUAUUCUGUUAUCAUAAUUUUCUUUUCUGAAAUGUUGAAAUUGGUUCCUGAAGUCUCAUAAAUUUGUAACUUUAAUUAAUUAAUCAAUUUUGGAGGUACUGGGGAUUGAACACUGGGCCUUGAACAUGCUAGGCAAACACUUUAUCACUGAGCUACCCCCAAACUCAAUUUAUAAUUUUAGAAAUUAUUCCAAUAGUAAAGUAUUUAAUUGUAACAUAGUCUAACACUGUGAUAAUACUUCUAUGAAGCCAUUCUCUUGGUUUUUAGUAAAUUCUUCCACGGCGAA